UGGGCUGGGCUGCAUACAAGACAGGCAGUCAGUGAACAUGUAGAUUGAGGAGUCAAUGUCUUUAUGUAGUGCACACUGCAUUACUAGAUGAUGAUGAUGAUUAUUAUGUAAGUUAAUUCACGAAAGAAGUUUCAGUCCCAUGCAAGGGAAAGAAAGAUAUGCAUUUCAGCCUGCCUGUCCGUUGUGUGCACAAUGGAAGCAGGAGAUUUUGAAUCAUCACACCAACAGGCAUGGAGAUGUUCACUGGGGAAACUGCAAACCUUGGCUUUGGCCUUCUAAUUCAUGGGAGCUUGCAAAGGCCUAUAUGCCUCGUGGACAAACAAAUAUUUCUGGACCAGAGGAAUGUGAUGCAGUUGCACUUCUAAACCUUUUUAAUUUCUGUGACCAUUUCAGUAGUAUCAAUAAAAAGAAAAUCAAAGAGGUGAUUAUGUGCCGUAAUGAGUUAAUGCAUUCUUCAGAAAUGAAAGUUUCUUCUUUGUGGUUGAAAGAGUUUGGAAAGAAGAUUCAGAACUUACUAAAUGAAUUUGAGAAUGUUCCAGAGGUUGCAGCAGCUAGAACAAAGGUAGAAAAGCUUUUGUCAUCUGAUUGGGCUGUCUAUGUACCAGAGGAAGGAGAUCAGCCAGAUGGACUGGAAGAAGAAACAGAAGUUUACCUGACUGAGAGUCAAAUACAUGAAAUAGAGAUGGAAUUAAUAAGGCAGAGACUUGAAGAGAUCUAUCUUCUGGCAGAGGAGCAGGAGAUGCUGUCUGAAGAGAAUUUGCAUAGGAUACAGAUGGUCAAAGAUUUCUUAAAGGACAACAGUGAUCUGAAUACAAGGUUUGAGGCAGAUCUGCAGAGACUAGAAGACCUUGAAAAAGAGAUGCAGAGCCAGAAAAUAUCUCUGGAUGAGACCAAGAAAGAAAAUCCUGAGGAGGAGACAAAUGAAGAAAAAUAAUAGAGGAGUUCGUCCAUUGGAAAGAUCUCAAAGAGACAUCAAGAGGUCAGAAUGUUUUGGAUGCUAUGGACUCCUAUUUGAUAUCUCUGGUUUUAUGUGGUGAAUCAUGUGUAGGUGUUUGCACACCUAAAAUUGCUCAUGUUGCAGUGUCUCUGCAGCACCCUCAUGGCAUCCUGCUUAAGAGUUGCUGCUUUUGGGCCUCAAAGAAUAAACUUGAAGAAUGGA